AUAAAUGUAACAAUCUCAACUAUAACAAUUGCCAUUACCCUAUCUACAAUCCUAAUAACAUUAAACUACUGGCUAACAAUAAUAAAACCAGAUACCGAAAAACUAUCCCCAUACGAAUGCGGGUUUGAUCCAUUAGAAUCAGCCCGACUGCCAUUCUCCAUCCGGUUCUUCCUGGUAGCAAUCUUAUUCCUCUUAUUUGACCUAGAAAUCGCACUACUCCUACCUCUACCAUGAGCCAUCCAACUCCCAUCACCCACUUACACCUUUACUUGAGCUCUUAUUAUCUUACUACUUUUAACACUAGGACUUAUCUAUGAAUGAAUCCAAGGGGGCCUAGAAUGAGCAGAGU